ACUUUGUGCGACAGUUCCGACGCACUUUACGGCCCCCCUGCCGUGUUGCGCGGCGCUGGUGGAAGUGGCGGCAGCGCUGGCUCGGCCCCGUCCUUCUCCACAGGCGUACUGUGGCGGUGGGCUCGCGCUGGGAUGAGCGCGCGGUGCCGAGCGGCGGAGUGGAGUCAUGGCCAGCACAGUGGUAGCAGUCGGAUUGACCAUUGCUGCUGCAGGAUUUGCAGGCCGUUAUGUUUUACAAGCCAUGAAGCAUGUGGAGCCUCAAGUAAAACAAGUUUUUCAGAGCCUACCAAAAUCUGCAUUCAGUGGUGGGUACUACAGAGGUGGAUUUGAACCCAAAAUGACAAAACGGGAAGCAGCAUUAAUAUUAGGUGUAAGCCCUACUGCCAAUAAAGGGAAGAUCAGGGAUGCUCAUCGCCGGAUUAUGCUCUUAAAUCACCCAGACAAGGGUAAGCAACUUUUAUUAAUAUACUGGACUGUUAAUGGAAUAGCUAAUUCUUGGUGUUAUGAAUGUCUGUGUGUGAGCAGUUUCCCAGUUGUGGAUCACAUUGUAGUGUCUUAAAUGAAAUUCAGUACAUAUGGUGACGUUCUCUGCAGUGACACCUUGUCUCACCAAAAUAAAGAUAUAAUGAACAACAAUGUAAGAACGACUGUGAUUUGGCAGGAACAGUAAGCACUAAUACCACUUUUAGGUUCUGUGUUUAUGAUAGAAUGUCUUCCAGUCAUGGAGGUGACAGUUCUGCUAGAUAGUUUGGUUGGUUGGUUUUUAGGCCAUCUUGUCACGCAUCCAAGGUUGGCCUAAACCUUGGCCACCCUCCCUCAUCCCCAAAAGCAGGGCUUAAGAAGUGCACCCCAACUCGGCUAUGUUUUCAGUUUUCCUUUUUAGGUUUGCAUUAUUUUUGUUUAGACUCAUAAAUUUAAUUAAGAAAAACUUAAGGGGCCUCUUAACGUGGUGUGGACACUUGUGACAGAAUGCUUGGAAACCUAUGAGCUAUAUUUGCUUUUAUUCAAAUACAGACUUCAAAGUAGCUUUAACUGGUAAAAACAGAUUCUUUGAGCAGACCACAAAGACCUGUUGUCAUGCACAUGAAAUUUAAAUAGAACUGUUUAGUGUGUGACUUCACAAUGUAAGGAAUUUAGCUUGCAGACCUCGAAGUAUUCUGUUCUGGAUGGUAGUGGAGUCCACGUGUACACAUUCUACUAGAAUCCUCUUGACCCCUCUUUGAUAGGGUUAGGACCACACUGCUCCAUCACUUUAGCAAACAGCAAAUCUAGAUGACAUUACAAAGAGUCAGCUAAUAUUGAGAGGAAAACUGAAGCAUUAUAGAAUAGAAAACAGAUAAGUCUUUCAACAUAAGCUUUGAAGCCUAUGGGAAGAACAGUGGAUUAUAUCCACAUAUGCAGUAAUGAGUAAGCUUAGAGUUCUGUAAGUGUGUAUGUGGGAGGAGCCAGAUCCUAUUUAGACUUUAAGAUUUCUUAAAAAUGGUAAACUUUUGUGUGAAAACAUCUCAUUUCCCAUUGAUCUGAUAUUUUACCCUGUAAUUUUGAGACCUAUUUAUAGUAUCAUAGUUGCUUUUUAAUGAAGAUACCAUUUCUGUUACACCCUGGAAUCCUUGAAAUGCUUCUGACAAGACUUAGAAUCUGUGCUCUAAACUGUGUCUCCCCCAUCCCCUUUCUUCUAUAGGAGGAUCUCCUUAUAUAGCAGCCAAAAUCAAUGAAGCUAAAGACUUACUAGAAGGACAAGCUAAAAAAUAAAGUAAUCUGAUGAAUUUUAAGUCCAUUAGUCUACUUAUGAGCAUGUUUUGUAAUAAAAUGCCUCAGAGCUAUAACCCAUGAAAAUUGCUUGGCAAAAGCUAAA